GGCAUCUUGAGGAGCUGCCACACUGGGCAUCAUAUACCCUAGCUAUGCCAAUGGAUCUAGAUAUUUAAUCUAUAUUAUUUUAGAUCAGGACGCUCCGUGGCUGAGCAGUAAAGCACUUGGCUUCUGUACUGGGGGUCCGGGUUCGAAUCCUGGUGAAGUGUGGGAUUUUUAUUUCAGGAUUUUGGGUGCCUCUGAGUCCACCCAACUCUAAUGGGUACCUGACAUUAGUUGGGGAAAAGUAAAGGCGGUUGGUCGUUGUGCUGGCCACAUGACAUCCUCGUAAACCAUAGGCCAUAGAAACAGAUGACCUUUACAUCAUCUGCCCUAUAGACCACAAGGUCUGAAAGGGGAACUUCACUUUUUUUUUUUUUUAUUCUAGAUCAUGUAUAGAGUAGGUCUAGAUUCAAAUCUUCAAUUUGAUGUUAUCAAAAUGAAAUUCAAAUUCAAAUCUAGAACUUUUGUCUUUUAUAAUAGAUAUGAUACUUACUUACCUGUACAGGCUACAGUUUUUUUGAAAGUUGAUUAUAUAGUCAUAGUGUAACAGUAUUAUUAUUAAGUAUUAUUAUAUGGUGUCUUAAUGCUAGAUUCUUGUUUGAGUCUUUAUUAAUAUUACUUAGACAAUAUAGAUCUGUCUGUCUGUGGCAGUUUACAUCUCGAGAGUCAAUCUUCUCCCUUGGUAACUCUAGAUGGCUGUCUGGUCGUGUGGUUUGCACACUGGACUGUUGUUUGGAUGAUCUUGAUGGUCCUAGGUUCAUACCCUGCAAGCUGCCAUUUCUUAUCGUCCUGCAGGAGGUUUGGGCAAGGAUGAAAUUACUUUCAAAUCUGAAGGAACAUCUGUAACACAUAAAACAUUUUAAAUGAAACAUUUAACUUCUCAUGAGACUAAAAGGUCAAACAAUACACAUCUGCCAUCACAGAAUUCUACCUGAUAACACAGUCCCAGAGAUCUAUUUAUUGACUAUUCAAGAGACUUGAGAUUUGAAGUUGAGUGUCUGAGUAAACGAAACUCUCAGUUUAUUGUAAAAAAAAAAUAAUUUAAAAAAAUCAAUUUUCACAUUAUAGAUGUCUGAUUUAAUAAAGGUAGUGUUUCAACAUAAUACUUCAAGGAAGCAAGAUCUGAAUAUUCUGUUUGAAAAAUAUUUAUAUCAAAGGAUUAAGUAUGUAUGGUUGGAUCCAUUUGAUAAACCUGUUGCUGUUGCAUUGCUGGAAAAACCAGUUGAUGCCAGUUUAUUAGAAAAACAAAAGCCGAUUAUGGAUAAUCAUAAUGUUAACUUAUCUGUUUGCAAACCAACAUGGAGUGUUAUUGUCAGACUGUAUAAAGAGUACAGCCAAAAAGAUUUUUCUAAACACAUUUUGUGCAAGAUUAAAAUUAAAGGAAAUUUAAUAGAAAAGGUGUCUCCAACAUGUUUUGAAAUUGCAUUUUUGAAUGGCUGGGGUGAUGUGCAAGCUGUUUGCCAACAUAAAGGGUCAUCCAAUCGUGAAAUUAAAUCUAUUGAUCCUUAUUUUGAGUGCUUCAAAGUAGCUCAUAGAACUGUUGCAGAGCCUAAUGCUUUUUAUACAUCUGCAAGCUCAAAUGGUGCUUUACCAAAACACCCACAGCCUUUAUUAGUUUAUCCAGCAUCAAAUCAACAUGAUAUAACAAAGGUGUCUGUAUCAACUCACCCUCUUAUAUCAGUUCUUCUUGAUGCUCUAAAAUUUCCUGAGAACAGAACAUUACAGCAACAAGGUAUUAAAGCUCAAGUUGAUCUAUAUCAGUUCACUAUUACUUUAGAGGGAUCCAUUUGUUCUGUUCUAAAAAUCAAGCACAUGCUGGAGCAGGAAUCAAAUAAGGUUAACUACACUGAACUCAUGAUCAAGUUUCUGGAGGAAAAAACUAUCCAACAACAGAUAAAGCACAUCAUUACAGAACAUCAUUUUUGUCUUAUUUUAGAUUUAGAUACAUCAGAAGUUUAUAUAAAAGACUCACAAGAUAAUAAGAUACUAUUAAGAGAUGUUCAGUCUCAGUUUCUUAUCGAAAUACAUUGUGCAUCUCUUCCUAGAGACUACAACAGAAACAUGUUUGACAUGUUCAAAAAGGAUUUCGAAGCGAAUAAUAAAUACUUUAAAGUGCUUUUAGACUAUAAAAGGACAGUAGUUCUUUUGGGUGUAACAGAAAAUAAUAAAGACGAUACACAUGUUGCAAUAGUCAACGAGUUCAUUAGUACUAAUUUUAAAUUUGGUGUAGGUAGUUCUAAUGGACAUGAUUUACAGAAAACAUAUGAGCAUACUGCUUCCUUGACCAGUGAAUGUGAAUGCUCAUCAGGAAAAUUCAAAGCUGUAAUAAAUUACCCGGGUUUAAUUCCAUUUUUGAACUCUGAAGAGGGUAAUGCAAUAUUAAAGAAAUUAUUAUCAAAGCACAACAUUCCUCUGGACACUGGCACUCAUGUUCAAACCCUUGACAAAGUCCCUGAUUAUAGAGCUCUCUUCAUUUGCAAAGUAAGGAUUGGAUCUUACCAGCUUCACUUGGUGCAUGGGGAAACUCAAGAUGCUAACAUCAGCAAGAAAAUCAUUUUUACACCUGUACAAGAAGGUUUUGAAUGUGAAGUAAAAGAUAAUGGAUUAGCAACAGAAGUUUUAAUAACUUUGCCCCCAUACAGGGCCCUUAGUGAACAAGACUUCAGAGAAGAUUUAAACAGAUUAAGAAAAAGUUUUUACAAAGCAGUAGAUUAUAUUUUUGAAAUCAUUAAAGACUCCUCAUUAAAAGAUGUUGCCUUUUCCACUUCUGCUAUUCAUGGAACUGAAUUUCCAUUUCCAUUGGAUGUAAUUUCCAAGUGUAUUUUAGAAGCAACCCAAAAAGACACAGAACUGCCUUAUGGACUUUGUAAUAUUUAUAUCUUUGAAUCACAAGCUAGUAGUGUAUUUGAAGCAUUCCAGUAUUAUCUUAAAAGGUCAGGUGUAUAUAUUGAAGGCCCAGAUGUUGAGACAUGGUGUCGAAUAUCUUUUCGAGGUAGCCAUCAGUACAGUCCUGUAAAAGCUAAGGUAGAAGUACGAUCCAAUAAUCCAAUCAAGAAAAGAAGUGUCUUGUACUGCUAUCCUGUAGACCCAAGUCUAAGUGCAUCCUCCUCACCAGUCAUGAAUGAAUUGAUGUGUUUCAAGUCUAAGCUUAUAAAAUCAAUCAUUCAUUUUAAACAAACAAAUGAAAUAGGCCUGCUGGUUGGCCAUUGCUGUAAAGUGAAGUGUUUUAUAAACAAAGCACCAGCAGUUUUGUUUAGUAUGCCUCCUUGGGGACCUGAAUGUCAUAAGGCCAUUCAAGAUUCUUUCAAAGCCUGCCUAACUGAAGCCAUGAAGUACAAUACUAUCCACAUUGUUCCACCAGGAAUAUGCACUUAUCCUAAAAAAUAUCUAGCUCAGACUAUCUGUAAAGUGCUACAUCAAUUACUUUUGGAAAGAAGUAAUUUGAAAGAUAAACAUGUAGUUUUAGUUGUGGAUAAUGCAGAGUAUAGAAAAGCCUUUCAGAUUGAGCUGCCCAAGUACUUCACUUCUGCUGCCAAAAAAGGAAGUUCAUGGGUUAACAUUCACAACUUCCAAACAACUGAUGAGUCUAAUGAUGCUAUUACAGUUGAAGGACCUUCUCAAAAAAUUGUUAAAUCUUUUGAAGCUGACUUAAGAGAUCAAUUGAAUCAUAUCAUGAAAAAGAACUGUUUUGAAAGAUUUUUAAAUAGCAAUCUAACAACCCAAUUCAAGGCUAUGUUCAGUGGAGCUCAAAACCUAAAUGUACAACUAGAUAUACAAGAGUUUUAUGGAGAAAAAAAGGAAUAUCCACGUGCGGGAAACUCAUCACCAACACAUGCGACUGAUCAAAGCCUGCAAACUAGUUUACUCACAGGCUCAAAACUACAGAUUAAAGCACUGAAAAGUCAAUGGAUUGAAGACUUUAAUGUUUUUUUAGCUGAGAUUGCUUCAAACAUUCCCAUUUUAUAUGACCAUCUUUAUGAUUUUCAUGGUACUGGUAGUGAUGAUGACAUGUAUGACUGAUAUUUCUACUGAUAACAUUUAUUACUAAUGUAUUAAACCAUAGUAAAUCAUAUCAUAAUAGAAAUGCUAGAAUUUAAAAUGUUUACAUAUCAAUGAGGGUUGUAGUGACUCACUCAAAUUAGCUCUUAUAAAUAUAUAUACUUGAAAAAUCAAUCAAGAGGAUGUGACAGAUUAGAGACAUAAACCAAAGAUGGUUCUACUCACUACAGAAACAGUUAUGCUUACUAUAAGCAAUCCUGACACAACUAAUGCAUAAGGUAAAAAUAGUCAUUUAAUGAAUGUGAAAUAUGCCCCUGUGGCAUCUCACCUAUCACAUCCUUCAAACCUUCAUCAAGGCCUGAACGAGAUACUAGCUUUAGGAUACCUCUGAAUCAACUGUUUAGAGAACAGUCUUAGCUUCAAGCCACUGUGCAAUUGAUCUCAGAUAAAGGCUUUGUUAUCUAAACAGUCCAAUAGUGAUCAUGAAAAUGAAGAAGAUCACAUUUCUUUGAAAUAAAAUCCCACCUCUUUUUGUGUUUUUUUUUAAUACUGGUAUUUUAAGUAUCUUAUCUAUUCAAUUUUUUUUCCAUUGUGACAGCAUUUGUAAGUUCUUAGAGCUGUUUCUUUUUAAAACCUGAAAUAAAAGUAAGAUAAUUUUUUUUUUAAAGCUAAUUAAAUAUUUUUAAACAUAGAAUUACUUAUACCUAUAUCAAGAAAUAUAAAACUAUAACACCAUUGUAGACUCAGCUAGAGCAAAACAAAUAUUUGAUUUAUAACAAUUAACCUUCAAUAUUUACCCAUAUUGAUUUUUUUUUUUUUCUGUAUUGGUUCUUUUUUUUUUUUUUAAUUCUUGGAAAUGCCCAUCUUGCUGAAUAGGUUAGUCAUGGGUGUUUAUUCAAAGUAUGAGCAACAGUUCAUAAUUACAAGUUGAUUUUGUUCUUUCUAGUUGAAUUUCUUAUUCAGUAAUGGAUGUUGUGAGCGACGUCAUGCAAACACAUCAAGAAAGUUAAACUAAGAGAGUAUGUAUUCAAGCUCUAUCAAUAACCAUUUGAUUUGAUACAUUCUUAAAAUUAUGAUUUAUUAAAAUUUUCUUUAUAAUAAAUUUUUUUUAAAAUCUUAAGAACGUAGUGGAAAUUUUGCAUGAAUAAAAAAAAAUAUCCAACUAAUUAAAAGUGCCCUUUUUGGUCACUUAAUACCUUUGGCAUUUACUCUUGAUGUUAAAAUGAAUUUGCUCUGAAUCUAAUUAGGCAUACUGUACAAGAAAGCCUUUUAACUCAGAUACAUCUAACAACUUUGGAAGGUUUCUUCGGUUAUAGUUGCUUUUUAUAAAAUUUAAAUGCAAUGCAAUCCACAACACAAUACAGAAAAAAUCAGCUGAUAUAAUCAAACUCACUGAAACUGUGCGCUAUUCGCAAUACCAUAAUAAGCAUAAUAUAUGAAACCUUAAGAGCUUUUUCAUUCAGUGUUGUCGCGUCACUAAUAAUGUUCUGCUGAUUAGCACACACUUUCUCUUUACAUUAGAAGAAAUCUACAUGUUCGUGCUUGGUCUGCUUCUUUGAAUGGCGUGAUAUAGCAGAGAAAUUGAAAGAACAACAUUUAUUGGUUUGUAAAAUAAGUACAUUUGAAAUUCAUUGUUAAACAUUACAGUUCUGAGAUAAAUCAUUGUUGUUUUUGUAUACAAUUUUCAUCUUUCUAUGGACCCUCUAAAGUAAUCUUGCAGACCCACAGAUCACAUUGUGAGAACUACUGCCCUAGAGUGAAUGAAAAAAAAAUGUUUUGAUUUAUAGAGUAGAAAAUACAUGUUCUAUCUAUGUAAUCAACACAUUUUUUUCAAAAAUGCUUCUUGCAUAUUUUUUUUUGGCGCCUUUGAAAAAAUGUUUCCUUACUUGGCAAAUUCUUCUUGCCAUGGAAUUUUUUAAAACUUAACAUAAAAUGUCAUUAUUCAAGUUAUAAACAAAUGAGUGGAGCACUUAGCUUACUGCACUUAAAAUGUGAAUAAUGAUGAAUGUAUCACAGUUAAUGAAGCUCUUUGCAAACUUUGUAUCUUUCUUAGAAUAUGUUGAGUGCAGCAUUAUGACUGUUUCUAGCUGUGACAUUUUUUUUUUCUUUGUUUUUUGACAUAUGGUGGAGGAAGGAGGUGCUGUGACUGAGCGGUAAAGAGCUUAGCUUCUGAACUUGGGGUCCCGGAUUCAAAUCCUGGUGAAGACUGGGAAUUUUAAUUUCAGCAUCUUUUGGGCGCAUCUAGUCCACCCAACUUUAAUGAGUACCUGACAUUAAUUUGAAGAGGUCAGACCAAAGGUUUACACAUUGACAUAUAGGGGCCUAACAGUAGAAGGAUGUAAUGUAAAAUGGUUUCAAUAUUUUGUAUUAAUAAUUGUAAUAAAGAAAAUAUAUGGAUACUA